AUAAGUUGUAUCAAAGUUGUGCUGUGGAUGUAAGAAAUUUUUAGGUGAUGUCAUUGGGGAAAUUAUUGUAAGGCAGCACUGCGGUUACAUUUUGUAAGAAAGUGUAUGAACGGUGCGUAAAUAAUUGAUAAUGCGCAUACACCAAAGUUAAAUGUCAGUGAUGGUCUAAACUGAAAGUAUGGAUAUAGCGCGCCGUUCCUCGUUAUUGUACGUGUCUUUACUCAAUGGAAAAUGUGUGCUAAUCCUACAGAACUGCAUGGGUGACUGUGCGUAGGUUUUAGAAGAAGAAAGUUAGCGCGACCAAAAAAUAGCCACCAGUCAAAACCAAAAUGGCAACUAUGGAGGGCUCAUCGGAGCAGACUGUAUCGUGUAACGCGGAAAGACUAGUGCGUGUAGGCUAUUAUGAAUUUGAAAAGACAAUUGGGAAGGGUAAUUUCGCCGUGGUGAAGCUUGCGACACACAAAGUAACCCAGUCCAAGGUUGCCAUAAAAAUUAUUGACAAAACCAAAAUAGAUGCCGAUAAUUUGAGAAAAAUCCUCCGAGAAAUAGAGAUCCUAAAGAAGUUGAGACAUCCUUACAUCAUUCGGUUAUAUCAAGUGAUGGAAACGGAGCGCAUGAUUUAUCUCGUCACAGAAUAUGCCAGCUGUGGGGAAUUAUUUGACUUUGUAGCGUCAAAAGGAAAGAUGAACGAGGGAGAUGCUCGGACCAAAUUCAUGCAAAUUGUUGCAGCUCUGCGGUAUUGUCACAAACGUGGGAUUGUACACAGAGAUCUUAAAGCAGAAAACCUACUCUUAGAUAAGGACCUAAAUAUUAAGCUUGCUGACUUUGGAUUCAGCAACUUUUACACACCAGGAGUGCUAUUAUCAACGUGGUGUGGUUCACCUCCUUAUGCUGCCCCAGAACUCUUUGAAGGCAAAGAGUACGAUGGGCCUAAAGCUGAUGUCUGGAGUUUGGGAGUCAUAUUAUUUGUGUUGGUGUGUGGAUACCUGCCUUUCGAUGCCAAAACCUUACAAACCUUGAGAUCAAUUGUGGUUGCUGGCAAAUUUAGAAUACCAUACUUCAUGUCCUCAGAUUGUGAUAAUUUGAUUAGGAAGAUGCUACAAGUAGACCCUGAAAAGAGAAUAAAUAUAGAACGGAUAAUGCAACACAGAUGGAUAACAAUGGAAGGUAUAGACUCAAAAAUUACAGAAAUCCUACAGCACUACAACACAGCGGAAUCUGACCGUCCCCCGCCUGACAAUGACCAGGUGCUAGAGCACAUGAUGCACAUAAUACCCGACUUAGAUAGAGAAAAGAUCUUGCAGUGUGUGCAUGGGAUGAAGUUUGACCACAUUAGUGCCAUAUACCACCUCCUGGAAGAGAAGGUGGCAGAAGCUUCAUCGUCACCCUCCAUCGCCCUUUAUCCACAGGCCCUCCCAGUUGUACCCACACACCACAGAAAGUCAUCCAUUACUACUGGGUUUGUCGACAGAAGUCCAGUCUCUGACUCGGAGGAGACUCCACGUGCUCUGCCUCUGUUCUGUUCACCCAUACCCCAAAAUCUGCCUGUCCUCCAUGACCCUCAUCAAGCAUACUCUAUAGAGAAGUACGGUGAUACAGAUAUCAGUGGAGAGUCAGAUACAGACGAACCCACUCGGCGGUCUGUAGACAAGUACCUGUGUUCCAGAAGACAUACUGUUGGCCCUGGAGACACACAUCACGAAGAGGUGAUGGAAGCUCACAUGCGAGGUCAGCUGCAUCUGUUAGCGCCAGGAGGGAUGGGGAUAAUGGGUGGCUAUCAGACUCCACCCAUGUCUCUACUUCCUCAGACCAACUUGCCACAAAACCUUCCUCUGGUGAAAAACUUUCCUCCACAGAACUUCUCCAUCAAAGACCAACAUCUUCUCAAGCCACCUCCUUUCAUGCAUCCUGCAGGUGGACUGGGCAGACGAGCAUCGGAUGGGGGUGCCAACUUGCAGAUGUUUUUCCAGCGACAGUUGCCUGAAGGUGGCUGGAGUCAUCCAAAUAGCCAAGAGCAAAUUACUCAGCUGGGUCUUGGUGGCAGCUGUCUAGGGGGCCACUCCCAGCCACUGCCUCAACAGGAUGAUGACCUUCUGGGUCACAGAGAUGAUGAAAUUGACCCCAUCGAUGUUGAAAAGUAUAUGACUGGCAGAGGAAGCAGCCAGAGAGCAACAUUACCUCAGGUCACGCCCAAGGAUGUCCAAGAAGCUAGAAAAAUGCCUCCUAACAGAGCAAGAAAAACUGGGUUACCAAUGGUUACAGAAAGACCACCUGUAAUCAAUCCAGAAUUAAGACUGGAAGCCGAAGAACGAAUGAAACGGGACUAUAUUUCGUCCCAUCUACAAAAUCUAUAUAACAACGCCCUGCUUACGGGAACUCCAUUGGCCCCAGGCAUUACUACCGGCAUUCCUCCAUCUUCAAGUUCAAAUUAUGCCAUCAAACCAGGCAUCGUGUCAGGCAUUCCCCAUCCUCAGUCCUCUAAAAGACUACCACCCUCUGCUUCUCCCCAUAACCUAUCAAACCAUCCCUAUAUUGGGUACAGCUGUUGUUCUCCGCCUCUUAAUAUAUCCUCCUCAUCCUCUUCAUCCUCCUCGUCCUCCUCCUCCACUUCAUCAUCCUCAUCCUUUGUGUCCCAAUCCUGUUCUUCGUCUUCCUCCUGCACAUCCUCUCCCCACCAGUGUCCCUCCACGACCCCAGGGAUAAUCUCAGGUAUUCCACCACAUAACAACAACAUCAUCAUCAUCAACAACAACAAUCCGUGGCCAAAACACAGAGACCGAAAGAGAAAGACUGGCCUUCCCACAGUGCUGGAAAAUAACUGGGUCGUUUCGGCUCCAACAGAAGCGACCGAUUGCACCACAGUGGGAAGAGAGAACUAUAAGGAGUCCAUUUAUCUCACCUGUGAUCGGUACUCUCCAGGAAACACGGUGCGACGUGCAUCAGACUCGGCCACCUUCAGCCUAUCCAACAUAAAUCAAGAAUUCCAACAACUUCAGAGAUGGGGUGGAUCAAACACAGAGCGGCCCCUCACCUCCCUCAUGCGUAGCCUCAACUUGCUCAAAAAGCACAGUGGAGUGACAGAUGCAGCCAUGCAGGCAGAACUUCAACGAGGUCACUCUCUCCAUCGGAUGGGAGCCGCAUCUUCUCCAACGUCAUGCCCACACGCAGGGGGCUCACCCUGCCCGCCUGGGGGGAUCAUGUCACCCUGCCCGCCAACACCCUUGCUUGGGGCGUCCAUAGCUGGGGGCUCACCUUGCCGGUCCCCGCACCCCCAGUCUCCGAGCCCGCACCACCCCAUUCCCUUGAUCUCACCGACACCUUCCCCACCAGUUCCUCCAACAACACCACCAUCAAUACCAAGUUCCCCGUUACACCACAGUGGGAGUAGCAUAGAAGGCACAGCGCUUAGUUUGAGUCGAUUACAGCUCCAUCCCCCAUCUUCACCCGCCGGGCCUCGCAGCCCAUCACAUCGCCAGUCGCCUCCACUAGUUUUGUCUCCUCAGCCUUCAUCCCCAGUAUCUUUGUUAAGUCCAGUUGCACCUCUGUCACCACCUCCACCUGGCCUUAUACCACGGUCGGGGCCCUCGCCCCCACCUCUUGGGUUGGACAGUAUUAGAGAAGAACCUCCAAGAGGAUGCCACAUGACCCAUCGGAUACCUCGGAACACCCACACCUUUACUCAGAACCCCCAGAUCUCUAUAACUGAUGAGAGUGGAGGUCAGGUGAUUAUUGGUUCCUCAUCAGACUCUUCACCAGAUGUGUCAGAUGACAUGGAUUCUUCACCAUUUCCUUCCCCUCCAACUUCUGACCACAUCACUUUAUUUCCUCAUCUAUCUCCUCAGCGGUUAUCGAAAGGCUUAAGUUUAGACUCUUCACCGUUACCAUGUGUUGGUCAGUACGAUAUUCAAGGACCAUCCAUAACACGGGGAACAGCUGGUAUUUUUGCAUCACGAAGAACAACAACAACAGACAACAACAAUGUUCAUAGAGCUCGCAAUGAACGUAACUUGGUGCGGCAAAAUGCAAUUACAGCAACCCCACGUAACCACAUGUUUAUUACCAGCAUGGAAUUCAGACACAGUUUCCCUCCAUUCCAUAAUGGAGGAAUGGGUGAAAGUGAUACAGAAAUGGCAGACAUUAGUCCUUCAGGGGAGCGAUCACCGUUAGUGGAGCGUGGUAUCAUAGAAUUGGAAUUGCCUAAGACAGGAAGUGGUUCUUUCUUAUUGACCCUUCCAACUAAAUGGUCUGGUAUGGCACAGGAAGAGUUAGUAGGAAGUAUAAUGCAUAUUCUUGAGAGGCGAGCUCCUUCAAUUGUCCGAGAGGGGGUUCGAGACUCUGGCCUCUCUAUAAGGGACCCAACGGGAGCCCAGGUGGACUUGGAAGUGCAUGAAGGGUCUGUGGCAGACUCACCUGCCCUAAAGAUGCGCAGAGUGUCUGGGGAUGAGGACCAGUAUACACAACUCUGCCAGCAGCUAAUUGAGUGCAUGACAACCUAACAUUGACUAGAGUUAAUUGUGUGCAUGAUAUGGAAGUAUUUGUGUAUACAGAUACUUCAGAAUGGAUUGUGUGCAAUUGUCAAAGUGUGUUGAAGUCAGGAAAUAGAAGCCCCAAGUAGUUUAUGGUAAGGCUUGUUUUCCUUAUGACAACACUUGAUGCAGCCCCCUUAAUGCAGCGUUUGUUUUCCUAUUCACAAUUCUGGACACAAACCUAUUGUCUUCACUAUUUAAGGCUUCAACUUUCUGAUUGCAACACUUAUUGACUUGUUUAUUUGCUGUACAGUGAUAGUAAAUGCCAUUUCUAAUCUCUCUAAAUAGACAGGAAAAUUUAAAGCAAACUAGCUUUUUGUUACUUCUUUUUUAUUUGACCUUUGUUAUAUAAUAUUGAAAUAAUGGAAUAUUAUUACUGUGUUCUCGAAGUUUACAUGGGUACUUUACGGCCUGUCUGUUUGGUAUCAUUUAUUCGUUAUGUUUGUGUAUGUAUGUUUUUACAUUAUAGAAAUGUAUUUCACAUUUAGAUGUUAAAAUAGUUAUUAAGGAUUUCUCAGUGUCUUUCAGGAUUUACAGCCAUCAUUUUCUUUUUAGAGUCUAACUAAAAAUGACAUUAUUGAACAGAGCAGAAAUAUCUGCAUCUUAAGUGCGAAUUAUAUCCAUUUCAUUCUCUACAAGUUGCCUUCUGGACUGCAUUCCAUUGUUGUGGUUAUUCUACUCCUUAUUCAGAUUUCAUGUAUAUCAAAUGCCAAAAGUAUGCAGGAAAUAUAAAGGCUUCAUUUUUUUUUUUUUUAAAUGCAAUCUCAAAAUUAAAAAACUGGGAUGCCCGUGGUACAGUAUUCAUUAUGCUUGGAAGUUGUUAAUAUUCUGGUGCCACUGGGUUCAUUGAGAUUGCCACACACUUUAACAGUCGUGUGGCAUCAGAUGAUAUUUCAGCUGCAGGGUCUAACUGUUCGUUAGGUGGUUAACACUGCAGGUUUACUUUCUCUGUUGAGGGGGUCUAGUGUUACAUUAUAUUCAUUGUACACUGAACUCACAAAAGUGUGAUGAAUGAGAAAUAUUAUAAAAUGGGUGGGAAUUGAACAUGCAUCUCUGGACUCCCCAGAAUAUAUUUUUCUCGUACAGUAUAUUAAUUUUCUUCAUGGACCAGAGGUCAUUAUUUUAUGGCAUAAAGGUCAUGCAUUGGUGCUUUUGGCGUUUAUCAAUAUAAAACCUGAUUACCUCAAUUCAGUUUGGCUAAAAGAAGCAAAAUGAUUAGAUGGGGAAAAGUAAAAUCUAUCUUGACAGUGUUUGGCUGAGUGUGUAUUAAGUAUCAACUCUAUUAUCGCUCCUGUAAUGAAAACAUUUAAUUGGAGGGAAAUGGGUAAAAAUUGUGGGAGGAACAUUUUCAUUAUGGUGAAUUUAACUAACUUCUAUAUUAGCAUGAAGUGAAACAAGCCUUUAAAAUACAAAUAAUAGAAAUAUACUUAUGUUCCACACAUGUUCAGCAUACGAGACUAGUUAUGUUUAUGUCACGGACUUGGCCAGAAGACUUGCCUUUAUAUUUCCACUGCUUAUGGAAAUGCCCCUCAAAGUGCCAACUAAGUAUUUCCUCUGGGUAUCACCUAGCUGCAACUGCACGAACCUAAAGGCAAUACAGUCAACCCUCUUUAAUCCAACACACUUAAGGAUAUUACAGUCUUGCUUUCUUCCAUGGCAAUAAAAUAAUGGAAUUAGAUAUUUAAUUGUAUGGUAACAAGACAUUGGCCACCCUUUCCAAACAAAUUUGUUAUUUUAUUUUUUUAAAAAGCUAUUUAUAUUAAACUUCAAAAAAUAUUAAUUUUUAUAGUGUUGGAAUAAAUGAGGGAAGACUACCCCUUGCUGAUCCUGGCAACUUUCAAGACUUGGUGCUACUGGAGAGGAUUAGGACUGAUAUUGGUGAGCAUUGGGUCUUUGUGUACAGUCUUCCUGGUAUUGCUAAUUGCAUCACUUUAGCUAAUCUUAAAAUUUUUGUUGAACAUCUUGCAAAUCAUUGUGAAAAUCACAGGAGGUAUUUUCAUUGGUGGUUACUUAAUCAGUUUUCAAAAUAUUUCUGUGAUUUAAUACAGUACUGAGAAGUAUAAUGGUUUUGAUGAAGAUGUAACAAAAUGUGAUCAAACAUAACUACUAAAAAAAUUUACUUAUAAUCUAAUAUCAACAAAUCUUUAUUUUUGUAUAAUGAGUGUUGCCAAAACUUCAUAGCACAAAAGUUGUUUCUUUCUACAUUGUCUCCACUUUGACUUUCCCUUCUAUAUAUAACUGGUGAGCUGAAGCCGUCACAAGAAAAUUGGAAUUAAAAUUCGGCUGUUAUUGGAAUCAAUUUACUGAUAACUUGAUUAUUAUAAUAUGAAAUAUUCCAAAAUCACAGAGAAUGAAGAGAAUUGUGGAGAGUUCACUAUGAGUUUAGUGCCUCAACUAUAUAUAUUGAGGUUUAGUGUAUUUUAAGUGCUUUAGCUUGGCGCUUUCUUUUGGUAAUUAUGGUAGGUACUUUCUUAAAAGUAUUUUUGAGCACUGCCCGGCUUUAAAUGAUAGUUUCUUGAGAUGAAUGGAAAUUAAUACCAUUCAUUUUUCAUGACUGCUCUGAAUUCUAGAAUCUAUUAAUUAGCAAAUAAGCUGCUUGAGUAAAUAGCUGUUGGAAAGUCAUCAUUUUGGUAAGUAAACAAUUAUAAAGUACAGCAUAUCAAGUUGGAACAUGGACGGCAAGAGGCAUAGUUACUGUAUAAUCCAAGUUGUGUAUGGUUUGAGACGAGGUCUGCUGCAAGAGCAAAAUAUGUCUCGUGCUAGUUGGGAGCUGGCUUUCAUGAAAAUUUAAAAUUAUACAUCAGACCCGCUUUUGAAAAAGUACAUUUUUAAAGCCUUAUGUUUUCUAUGAAGAACCCCUAGACUAAGCCAAACCUGCAGUGUGUGUGUGUGAAAUAGAAUAUUAAAUUUGCUCCUUGUAGAAUUUGUAGAUGCUACAAGUGUAAAUAAUGACAUUGUGUUCAGUAUGAGGGGGAAAAAAAUGAAUUUAGGAAGUAAACACUCAAAGUAAAGUGCAGAUGAGAAAACCUGACAAAUGAAAUAUUGCCGUGAUUACUUGUACUGUAUCUAGAUCUGGCCCGAAGAACCUCUGACCUGCAUUGCAUUUCAAUCUUGUCUGCAUAAUAUAUUCUUUAGUGUAUAAUGUAGCUACAGUAUUACACUAUGUAUGAAUAUUAACCUGCACAAAAUUUAUUUACUAGACUAUUCUAACUUGUGUGAUCGUCACAAGUGGUUGAUGGACUCAUUUAGAAAAGAAAUGAUCCAGAUGUGAUGUGCUAGGUAGAGGAUUCCUGCGUUUAAUAUACACACGUACCAGAUACUAAGGAGAAUAAACAAGGUGGACAAGGAUACCCAGUUUUGAAUGAAAGUAAGUACGACACGAGGACACACUUGAGUAAAAAGAGAUACAAGGAAAUAAUCAUUCUGUGAAAUGGUGGUCAGCAAAUAGAAUGUAUAGAAAGUUGUUGUUAUUGAAGUCAAUUUGAAGAAAAGUUAGUGCACCAAGUAUAAAAGACUAGGAGGCAGGACAUACAGCUAAAUCUCAUUUCCCAUAGUCACUGGUAGAUAGCAUAGUUGAUGAAGCAAUUGGCAUAAGUGUAAACUGGAAAGUUGAGUGUAUAAACAAUACACUAUAUAAUUUGUAUUGUUUUAAAGUGACAAUUUUUUCAAUUUAAUUUCUUAAUAUGUACUGUACAGUAUAUUUUUAAUGAGAAGUGUUAAAUUCAGUAUUUUACUUGAACAAUAUGUAUUAAGAAAUUAUAAUUAUUGAGCUUUUUUUUUUUUGUGAGAAAGCUUUGAAAAAUUGUUAUACAAAGUCACAUUAGCCAUCCUGAUAAAAAGCUGAUGUUUUCCAGUUGUAUUAAUCCGGUGAAAAUCUGCACCUGCAAAGUUAAUGUAUAUAUCUGUCACUUUUGUUAAAUUCAUAAACUUUCAAUGAUGUGUAAUAACAAAAUUUGCACAGGAUUAUUAGAAAAUAGUUUUUACCCAAAUUCUGACAUUUUAUACAUUGUGUGUAUAAACACUUGUGUAUGUAACAAUAUCCAAUAUAUAUUUUUAUAAUUUAGAGCUGGUUGGUAUUCAGAGAAAAGUAUUACAAAGAUAGUACUCACGAUGUAAUCCUGGUCUAUUUGAUAUUUCUCCUAUUUUAUCUUUUCUAGAUUUAGGAACAUUUUACAUUUUUCCCCUAUUAUUUGAACAGUGUGAUUAUGCAAGUGACAAAUGAUAGUUUCACAUUUUUUGUGUAAUAAAGUACUGUACACAGUUUGAUAAGGAUGGCAAAUUAGGCUUUCCGUUGAUUACUCACUGUACACAAAAACUCAAGGCUAGGCCAAAACCUGAACUACUGUACUCUUCUUAUGUACUUGCAUAUGUUUGAGCUGCUCUCCGUCUUCUUCACCUUGUUUUUCCUCUUGCUUCAUUUGACAUUGUUGUGUAUGUGGAGCAAAAUUAUAAGUCUGCAAAUGUCAUUUUUUUUUAAUCAUUGCUCUGCAGUAUAUUUAGAUACGUCAUCUAAACUGAUGUCUCGGGUAUCCGGGAUCCUCUUGGUAGACAUUUUAAUCUUGUUGGACAUCAUCUUUUAAGUUUGUAUGAUGUCUCUCAUUUAAAGUUCUCCUGUAAUGGAGAUAUGUAUAAAAUACUUGAUACGCUUGAAUUAAGUCCAUUAGCACCCGAUGUCCCACAAGAUGAAGAUUUGUACCAAUUGUCGUUGCCUUGGUCGGGAAUUGUAGUUCACCGAGACCUGGUAGAGUGGGUCCAUUUUAUCUAGUCAUGGAGUGCAGAGGGUGAGGUUCUGCACUCCCAUCAUUCCAUUUCUUCAUCAUUCCCAGUCAUUGUGUUUUGCAUCAACGGUCUUACACGUUUAUAUAUACUGUACUGUACAUGCUUCUAUGCUUUAUCUACUGUUACACGUUUGUCACAUUAUGGAGGAGUUUGUGACUUUUUUCCAUUAUAUUUUACAUAAAAAGAUUAGCUGUAUUGCAUAACUUUUCAUUUCAUUUGAUUCAUUAUGCUAAGUAUUUUUACAAUAUGUUACUGUACAUUGUUA